ACGAGAGAUGGCGACCACGCAUCCGACCGCAGUGGCCAUCGGCGCCGCCCACCAAGUGUCGAGCGAGUCGAAGGACCGCGCCGAGGGCUUCAAGAACCAAGGCAACGAGGCGCUCAAGGAGCACAAGCUGUCGCUGGCGGUCGAGCUCUACACGACGGCCAUUGGCAUCACGCCGACCGCCAUCUACUACUCGAACCGCGCGGCCGCGCACAUCAAGAUGGAGAGCUACGGCCUCGCGCUCGCCGACGCCUCCGAGGCCAUCAAGAUCGACCCGACGUACAUCAAAGCGUACUACCGCCGGGCGUCGGCCAACUUGCCGCUGGGUCAUCUCAAGGAUGCGCUGCGUGACUACCGGACAGUCGUCAAGAUGAAGCCGUCGAGUGCGGAAGCCAAGAGCAAGCAGAAGCUCUGCGAGCAGCUCAUUCGCCAGGCGGCGUUCGCCGAGGCCAUUCAAUCCGAGCGCAACCGCCCGCUCUCGGACACGAUUGACGUCAACGCCAUGGUCGUCGAUGCGAGCUAUGACGGGCCGCACUUGCCGGCGACGCCGGACGCGGACUUUAUGGUCAAGGUGCUCGACCACUUCAAGCGCGGGAAGCUGCUCCACCGCAAGUACGUCAUCCAGGUCCUCUUGUCGAUCAAGGAGCUCUUCAUGUCGCUGCCAUCUCUGUUGCGGAUCCCGCUCGGAUCGCACGACCAGGCGCGCAUCACGGUCUGCGGCGACACGCACGGCCAAUUCUACGACGUGUGCAACAUCUUCGAGAUGAACGGGCUCCCGAGCGAGACGAACCCGUACCUCUUCAACGGCGACUUUGUCGACCGCGGCUCGUUCAGCCUCGAAGUCGUGCUCACGCUCUUCAUCAUGAAGCUCGCGUUCCCUGCGCACGUCCACCUCCUCCGCGGCAACCACGAGUCGAAGAACAUGAACAAGAUUUACGGCUUUGAGGGCGAAGUCAAGCACAAGUACGACGACGUCGUGAUGAACCUCUUCUCGGAGGUCUUCAACUGGCUGCCGCUCGCGGCCUGCAUCGAGUCGAAGGUCCUUGUCGUCCACGGCGGCCUCUUCCACCAAGACGGCGUCUCGCUCGCCGACAUCGAGAAAAUCGACCGCAACCGCGAGCCGCCCGAGUCGGGGCUCAUGUCGGACCUCAUGUGGUCGGACCCGCAGCCGUUCCCAGGCCGCGGGCCGUCCAAGCGUGGCAUUGGCCUCAGCUUUGGCCCGGACGUGACCAAGGCGUUCCUGGCCCACAACGGGCUCGAGCUGCUCGUGCGGUCGCACGAGGUCAAGGACGAGGGCUACCUCGUCGAGCACGAUGAAAAGUGCAUUACGGUCUUUAGCGCGCCCAACUAUUGCGACCAAAUGGGCAACAAGGGCGCGUUCAUUCACUUUUACAAGGACCUGAAGCCCCGCUUUACGCAGUUUACGGCCGUCGAACACCCGCCGAUCCGCCCGAUGGCGUACGCAGGCAACAUGGGCGGCCUCUUUGGCUUGUAAGACACGCCCUCGACGCGCCAAACGGUGCAUUUUCUUGGACUUGGUCUUAUUAGUAGUAUAUGAUGAUGGUCUAUGGUACAAG